ACCUAAUUUGGCAACAUGUUGGUUAUGGGUUAAUGGGUUAGUCAUUAUUUGAUCUCAUAAAAGCAAUACUGGCAGAUACAAUUAUUCUUUGCUAUGUCUACUUUGAACAACCCAGUAAGUUACAAGUAUGAGUUCAUUGAUCAAGUUCCUGAAGAGUACUACUGCAAGCAGUCCAAACAUGUAGCUAGGGAACCUACUAUUGCAAGUUGCUGCACUGAAAUUUUCUGUAAAUUGUGUUUAGAAGCAGCUAUCAAAGAAGAACAUCCAUGUCCUAGCUGUGAGAGCAAAGAUAUUGGCUUAUUGGGUCCACAUAAGAAAUUCAACACCAGAAUUCUCUCUCUAAAGGUUCACUGUUCCCUGAAGAGUUGUGGCUGUGAGUGGACUGACCAACUUCAACACCUCGAUGCUCACCUAGACCUCAGUACUGGGGAUUGUGUCUAUGUCGAUGUGGACUGCCCCAAAGGCUGUGAGCAAAAACUUCAGAAACGCAAUGUGGACACACACAUUUCCAAAGAGUGCCCAAAUAGAGAUCACAUAUGUCAGCAUUGUUCUUUUAGUGCCACAUUUCGUGAUGUAUUUCAGCAUUUUGACGUUUGUCGGUACUAUCCCAUUGUGUGCCCCAACAGAUGUGGAGCCACCUUUGAACGAGACGAUCUUGAAGACCACAUGAAGAUGUGUAGUCAGCAAAAAAUCCAGUGUGAGUUCAAUUACGCUGGUUGUGAGGCUGAGUUUAUACGAGACAAGCAAAGGGAGCACAUGGAACAAACCACACAGAAACACCUAGCCUUGAUAGCAGCUACUACUCUGAGAAUCGGCCAAACCUUUGAAAUUAAGCUUCAAGAGCAGCAACAAACUUACGAGCAGAUGUUACAGGACAAAGAUUCUGAGAUUGAGGCAAUUGCAAAUAAUAUAGCCACUGGGUUAAUGAAUGAACAAGCCAAACAAAUCAAAGCAGAGAAGCAACAAACACUAGAGCAGGCGAUUCAGAACAAAGAGUCCGAGAUUCUGAACAACAUUGUACAUUGCCAACAAAGAGAGUUUGAGCAAAAGUUUCGAACGCAGCAGCAAGCAUUCAAACAGAUGCAUAAAGAACAGAAACAAGAAGUUGAUCAGAAGCUUCAACAACAACAAAAAGCAAUUGAUCAUGCUCUCCGAAAUCUGCAACGAACACAACAGAAGUUUCAAGAGCAAUACCUAAUACGUGAGCAGAAACUUAGAGAACAACUGCUACAAUUAGAUGACAAAUUAAGAAAGGAAUUAGAAAAUCAACAGGAAAUGUUUGAGCUGAAAUUUGGGGAGGUAGUUCAGGAAUUUCACAAGCGACUCGAGCAAAAAGAACAAGACAAAGAGGCAGAAAUCACAUCCCUCAAGGAGCUUGUUAACAAUUUGAACAUAGCAGUGGGUAUUUUGCCAUGUAACAUCCAGCUGAGCGAUUUCAAAGCGGUGAAGGAAAGUAACGGUCACAUUGAGAGUAAUCCCAUGUACACUCAUCCUGGUGGAUACAAGUUUUUUUUAAGGAUACUACCAAAUGGAGCUGGAAGUGGUACUGCAACUCAUGUUUCAGUGCAGGUGUUUUCACUUAAAGGUGACCAUGACGACACACUCACGUUUCCAGCCAAGUUUUACAUCACUGUAGAGCUAAUGAACCAAAAUCGAGACCAAGAUCAUUAUUCAAAAGAUAUUCACUGUACGGUUAUUUCUGAAAAGAGAGACGGUUGGUACAUAGGAUGUGAUGAUGAAUAUAUUGCUCUCACUGAAUUAACCCACACGAAAAAUGACUGUCUCAAGUUUAAAAUAACAAAAUUAAUAUAAACAUAAUGUGAAGUUGUACAUGUGUUACUUAAUUGUGCAAAACAUUACUCA